GUUCAACGAGUGACAAUUGAGCGGAAAUAAGGUUGCACAGCGGAAGUCGCUCUCAUCUGGUCCCGCUGUCAACUCUCUUGCUGCUGUCACUGUCAAACUUAAGCUGCUUUUGUGUUAACAUUACUCAUCGACAAUAUUCACUUCGAAUGAGGGUCCUUACGGUAUGGAGUGCUAGAAAUGACAAUUUGAUCAGUUAGUGUGUCUUGAGAUUUUCGCUGUUUGAGAGCUUUGUAUCAUACAGUAUUGCAAGUUAAAUUGAGUUCAACAUUCGUUUAUAUUUAAGAAUGAUUGCUCCAAGUGUAGGUUCUACAAACGAAGGGCCGGUGACCAUUGUUCCCGAAGGCGCUGUUCCAGUAGUUGUGACUGCUAACAAUGAAAAAGUACCUUUGAUAUCCCGCAGGCGAUUUUUUCGUAGGUUAACCACAGGCUUAGGUUUCAGCAGCAGCUUGUUAACGGAAGGGUAUGUAGAAUUCAGCGAUAGUUCUGGACGGACCCUUGGCACUUUUGCAGGAGUAUUUAGUCCUGUAGCUCUCUCGAUGUUCAGUGCUCUGCUAUUUUUACGAGUUGGUUUCAUUGUUGGUAAUGCUGGCCUUUUGGUAACUCUUGUACAGUUUGUAAUUGCAUAUGGCAUUCUCCUUUUUACUGUGGCUUCGGUAUGUGCAGUGUCAACAAAUGGUGCGGUAGAAGGGGGUGGUGCAUAUUUUAUGAUAAGUAGAACUCUUGGUCCCGAGUUUGGUGGGUCUAUUGGGACCCUUUUCUUUCUGGCAAAUGUUGUAAGUAGUGCUCUUUACAUCACUGGAUGCACUGAGGGCAUAGUGGAAAAUUUUGGUCCUUCGGGAUAUUUAAUUGGGGAUGGAAUGCAAGGUCUACCAGAUGGCCGGUGGUGGCGAUUCCUGUACUGCUCGCUGCUGAAUGUCCUGAAUUUGAUUGUAUGUCUCAUUGGUGCUAGUAUGUUUGCGAAGACCAGUGUAGUCAUUCUCGCUAUUGUGUGCAUCUGCUUGUUGUCAGUUAUCAUCAGUUUCUUGGUCAAGGAACCAAUGUUGGUCUCCAUUCCUAUUGCUAACACUCUAGUUCAGAAUGCAACUCACCCUGCUCAUGGAAAUUAUACUGGUUUAGAGCAGAGUACUCUGGAUUUUAACCUGUUUCCAAGCUUUGGUAGGGAUUACUCCUCUGAUGGUGAACUUGUGAAGUUCGCAACAGUAUUUGGUGUAUUGUUCAGCGGUGUCACUGGUAUUAUGGCUGGUGCUAAUAUGUCAGGUGAACUGAAGAAUCCAGCCCGCAACAUACCUCAAGGCACAUUGUCUGCUGUGGGGUUCACAUUUUUCUGCUACAUUAUUAUCUCAGUAUUGACUGCGGGUACAUGUGAUAGAUUUUUACUCCAAAAUAACUUUAUAUUUAUGAUGCCCAUCAAUAUCUGGCCAGGAUUUGUUGCUAUUGGAAUCCUUACUGCUACUUUUUCUGCCAGUUUGAGCAACUUGAUUGGUUCUAGUCGAGUGUUGGAAGCCUUGGCAAAAGACAAUGUGUUUGGGUCCAUGCUGCAGUUUGUGGUGAAAGGUGUAUGGAAAAGCAACCCUGUAGCAGCUGUGGUCACAUCUUGGGUGUUGGUGGAAUUGAUUAUGUUGAUAGGCUCUCUCAACUUGAUUGCUCAGAUCAAUUCAGUAUUAUUUCUGCUCUCUUAUCUUGCAACCAAUUUGGCCUGUCUGGGACUUGAAUUGGCAUCAGCUCCUAAUUUUAGGCCGUCUUUCAAGUAUUUCUCUUGGCACACUGCUCUCAUUGGGCUAGUUGGAACAUUAAUUAUGAUGUUUAUCAUCAACCCUAUAUAUGCCUCGUGUAGUAUUGUGCUCUGUAUGAUUUUGGUAACUGUUCUGCAUUUGUUUUCUCCAUCUCGUGAUGUUCAUUGGGGUUCAAUCUCUCAGGCUUUGAUAUUUCAUCAGGUUCGCAAAUAUUUACUUAUGCUGGACUCUCGCAAAGACCAUGUGAAAUUCUGGCGCCCUCAAAUGUUGCUUUUAGUUGGAAAUCCAAGAUCUGCUUGCCCUUUAAUCCACUUUGUGAAUGAUAUGAAAAAGUCUGGACUCUAUGUUUUGGGACAUGUCAAAGUUUCUGAAUUUUCUGAUCUACCUCUUGAUCCAACUUUGGAUGAAUAUACUCAUUGGCUGGCAUUAGUUGACCAUUUGAAAGUAAAAGCAUUCAUUGAACUUACAGUAGCGCAUUCAGUUCGUGAAGGCAUGCUUCAUAUGAUUCGUAUGUCUGGUCUGGGAGCAAUGAAACCAAAUACUAUUGUUCUUGGAUUCUAUGAUGAAGAAACGCCCAAAGAUUUUUUUGAAAGUUCAGAAUCCCAGUACAAAACAUCUCUUUUUACAACUGUUGAGACAUGUGAAGGAAGGCAGUUAUUUGAAUUACGGACCUUGAGCAACGGGAAAACCUUGGAUAGUACACAGUUUGUUGGUAUGAUUGCUGAUACUUUGAAAAUGAAGAAAAAUAUUUGUGUAUGCCGACAUUUCCACAAUCUUGAUAAAUCAUCCAUAAUCAGAUCUUCCAAUGUCAAGUAUAUUGAUGUUUGGCCAGUGAAUUUCUUCCAACCAGAUGAUGAGGAUCCAUUUGAUACAACAAGUCUCUUCAUGUUGCAACUAGCAUGUAUUAUUAAUAUGGUUCCUGGUUGGAAGAAGCUCCAGUUGCGAGUCUUCCACUGCCAAGUCAAUGGAAAGAAGCGUUCACCAUCGGAACAGCUACGCCAGACCUCUUCGCACUCGCAGGAGACAGUUGGCAGUGCUACGUUCAAUCUGGAUGCGUCGACAGCAAACUCGUCACCUCCUACCCAGGACAAUGAAGAGAGGCUGCGCAAACUCUUGCAAAUGCUGCGCAUUGCUGCCUCUAUUCAUCAGGUGCCAGGCUGGUCCCAACAAAUAGCAGCUCUGCACGGGGGAUCCAUGGCGAUGGCUGGCACACAUGCUGGCACCAGCAAUGGCGAGGAAGAACCUCCUGCACAGCCACUGCUGAACAAUGUUUCUCGUGCUUAUCUGCUCAGUGUUAAUCAGAUGAUCCAAAGGCAUUCAGAACAAACUGCUGCAAGUUUCAUCUACCUGCCACCUCCUCCAUCGUUACCGGUUUGGGAAGAAAGGGAAGUUUAUCCUCAGUUUCUGCAGUUACUCACAGAGCUCACUGCUGACCUUCCUCCAACCAUUUUGGUCCACGGUGUCAGUGCUGUGACAUCUACAACUCUGUGAUGUGGAAGGUAACUAGCUUUUGUAAAAUACCUCUAGUGGAUAGUAUGUAACUAAAAUGUGUGGUGUGAUGUAAGUAAUAAAAAUGUCAGUAUUGAAUUUUCAUAAUACUGCAAUUUGUUUAAUUGCUGGUAUGUAUGAGAUGUCUUUCACAUGAGCUACACUGCUUUGCAGUUUGGAUAUUCAUGACAAGCACAAUAAUUUCAUUCCAUGUUGGAGCACCAUAGUGUGAUAUGCAACAGGUGAUAGUUUUUGCUUUGAACAUUUCUAAUGUUAACUUCAUGUAUUUAUGUAAUGUAUAUUUUAAAGUAUUGUUUCCUGCAAUUUUAAUAUUCUAUUGCCAUUUUAAUAGAUAUUUUUAUUUAUGAAUAUUAUUAUAUCUCCAUGAUCCUUUGGUAUUACAGUAAUAUAGUCAGUGUUGAAGACAAAGUCUUCUUGUGCGUUUCCUCCUUUUGUUAUAUUGAGCAUUGAUGAAUGAUAUAGUGUAUAUAUUUGUCACAUUGUAUUUGAAGAGCAAUUGGCUGAUAAUAAAACCAGUCCAUUUUCACAUGCCUUAUGGUUGAGGGUUGAUGUUGCCCAUUGCAACCAGUGCCAAAAGCUUUUGAGGAACAGUCUUACUGGAACCGAGUGCUGUGCAGCUGGAGAAUUCUCAAAACUUAUUUAAGCUUUAAAUCUCUCUAAGAUUUUGCCUUUUCAAAAACGUCCUAGAAUAACAGUAGCACAUCUGGUAUUGAUGUUGUUUACUGUGCAUAUUGUACUUGGAAAUAUUGUCCAAGGUGUCAGUCUUCAUUGAAAGCAUUUUAAAAGUCUAGUUGUUUAAUGUUCUAGUUGUGGUAUUUCUGCCAUUGUUUGAUACAAACGUAGGGGCCUCGUUUCUAAGUCUCCCAUUAAAACAGUGGUUCCAAGGAGGAGUUGAAGCAACUUGUGUGGUCCAGAAUUUUCUUAUUGAAGAGGGAUUGAUGUUCACUGCUCUUCAAUUUUUGGACUUAGUGAGGCAUUGUGCCUGUGUAGAGAGUUUUUAAUUAGUUGUAAUUUGUUUUAAAUGAGAUUAAGUCUUUCAUAUGUAUAUUGGGCCAAAGUUGUUCUUUUUUAUGGGUUUAGAGUACUUGACAUGGAACAUAAGUAUGCAGUACAAUCUUUAAGCUGUAUAAUAAGUUAGUAAAUGCGCAUAAUAAAUACACUUGUAUGUUGUAUUUAUUGGAAUGAAAGUUUGUUUUGUUCAAUUGAAUAAGAGGCUGUGAUGCUGUUUGUCAGCGUGUUUGUUAUUUCACAGUUUUAGAACAUUGUAGACAGACUUGAAAGCUUUUUACAUAGUGGACCGGUGGAACAAAAUAUUUUUGAACAAGUAUUGUAUCAAUCAUUUUACACUUGAUAUAUUGUAAACUGUUAUUUCUGAAAAUGUUAAUUAAUCUAAUAUAAAAAUGUAAUUUUUCAAUGUUUGUGUUUUUUAAAUUAUAAAGUUUAUAACUAUUAAGGAGAUACAAUAGCUCAUAAUCAAAUAUGAAUUCAUAUGGGGUAUUGGAGAGAAGAUGUACACAUACUACAACACAGGAGAGUGGAUAGCAAGUUGAAUUAUAUUAAUAAAAAUCUAAUCUAGGUAUUUAAAGUGGGCUGACAAGUAAGUAGAUGAUUAGCAAUACAAUUUGAUAUCUCAUAUAUGUAUUGGCCUAAUGUUUCUCUCGUUCAGAUGGAUAUGUUUAUGCGUGUUCUGGAAGAUAUUAUUUUUUUGUAAGUCUGUAAUACAUAGUUUCUAUGAAUAUUGAGUUAUUCAUGCUGAUUUUAUGCAGAUUAUUAGAAAUACAAUUUGCAAUAUGUUUGUAUGUAUGUAACAAGUUGAUAAUCAUCAAUGCAAAUGGACCAAAGUUAUUUUAUUGCUUGUAAAAGUAAACAUAGUAAUCCAUAUUUAAUAUGCAUCUGAUGCAACAUGGAGAAAUUCCUGUAAUACAUACUAACAGAGCAAAUAUUUGUGUGUGCAGUUAAGUAGGCUCAGAGAUUUUUAGUGAAUUUGUAGUGAAAGAUGUGUGUUCUACUUACUCAUGGUCUAUUCAAAAAAUACACAUGCCAAAAAUCUGCAUUUUUAUACACCCAUAAAAAAAAAACAAAAAAACAAAAAAAACAAACAUAUAUGUUAAACAUUUCGGAAUGAGGGGUGAUUUAAGAAUGAAUAAUUUCUAUAAAAUGUAAUCAUUUAUUGCUCUAAAAUUGUUUUGAAAUUAAAAUUUUAUGAUCUUCACUUCCCGAUUUUUGUAGCAUAUUGAAAAGUAUGCACUUCUUGAUUGUAUUGUAAGUAUGAAACAAAAUGAAUUGCAAUUUUUAGGAAUAAAUACCAAAUAUUUAAUUAAGUCAACUUUUCUACUCUUUCUAUAAACAAUUUAGUAAAGUCAACUGCAUGUAUGUAUUUUUUGAAUGACCUUGUAAUAUGAGCAUGUUAAGAAAGAAAAAAGAGUGCUGCGUGCUCUCUUCCGGAAGUUGUUCAGACAGUUACAGUGCUGUUGUUUGCUAUGAUAAUUCUGUGCCUCAUUGCUGCCUUUCUCUAGUAGAAUUUUGAUAUCAGCUAUUUACUAAGGCAUGAUGCUCAAGCUGUAGCUGAUUGCAAAAUAUUUUCUGCUUCAUUUGUGAGCUAAAUAAAACUAUUUUUAAAAGUAAUAUUGACUUGAUUGUCACUUAAAACAUUUUUUGUAUACUUACCAGGUCAAUAGCUUCAAAUGCGUUGUCAUUUGCAUGUGAAGGAACUAAGCCUUCCAUCAUAAAUCAUUUUGAUGUAACACAGGAAUUUUUAUCAUUGUUACAGUAGCUUGUAUGGAAGACUUAAAUUUGAGUAAAAUAUUUAUAUCUUUAAUAGUAAUAAUAUUAAUAAUUAUAAGGAAAAUAAUAAUAGAAUAGUAAUAAUGAUAAUCUCAUCCUAUCUGUGGUGAAGUUCGCUUU